CUUCCCGCCUCCCUUCCUCGGAGCGUCUUAAACACAGGCUUCGGGCCUACUGCUCCGGGGGUACUUAGGGGGCGGGGGGCAGGUCUGAUGAGUAACCCCUCCCCCCAAGUCCCAGAGGGAGAAGCCUCUACAUCUGUCUGCCGGCCCAAGAGUUCCAUGGCCUCCACUUCCCGACGCCAACGCCGAGAGCGUCGCUUCCGUCGUUAUUUGUCUGCAGGACGGCUGGUCCGGGCCCAGGCCCUCCUCCAGCGACACCCAGGCCUUGAUGUAGAUGCUGGGCAGCCUCCACCACUGCACCGGGCCUGCGCCCGCCACGAUGCCCCUGCCCUGUGCCUACUUCUUCGGCUUGGGGCUGACCCUGCCCACCAGGACCGCCACGGGGACACAGCACUGCAUGCUGCUGCCCGCCAGGGCCCUGAUGCCUACACGGAUUUCUUCCUGCCACUGCUGAGUCGCUGUCCCUCUGCCAUGGGAAUAAAGAAUAAGGAUGGGGAGACCCCAGGGCAAAUUCUGGGCUGGGGACCCCCCUGGGAUUCUGCCGAAGAGGAGGAAGAAGAUGAGGCCUCUAAGGAACGGGAAUGGAGACAGAAGCUGCAGGGAGAGCUGGAGGACGAGUGGCAGGAGGUCAUUGGGAGAUUUGAAGAUGAUGCUUCCCAUGAGACCCAGGAGUCCUUCUCAGCCUGGUCAGAUCGCAUGGCCCGGGAACAUGCCCAGAAGCACCAGCAACAGCGCGAGGCAGAGGGAGCCUGCCGACCCCCACGGGCUGAGGGCUCCGGUCAGAGCUGGCGGCAGCAGGAAGAGGAGCAGCGGCUCUUCCGAGAGCGAGCCCGGGCCAAGGAGGAAGAACUGCGUGAGAGCCGAGCCAGGAGGGCACCGGAGGCUCCCGGGGAUCGAGUGCCGGAGCCAGCCAGGGCCGGGCCCAGGGCAGAGCACCCCAGAGGAGCGGGGAGGGGCAGACUCUGGCGCUUCGGUGAUGUGCCCUGGCCCUGCCCUGGCGGAGGAGACCCAGAGGCCAUGGCUGCAGCCCUGGUGGCCAGGGGCCCUCCCUUGGAGGAGCAGGGGGCUCUGAGGAGGUACUUGAGGGUCCAGCAGGUCCGCUGGCACCCCGACCGCUUCCUGCAACGAUUCCGCAGCCAGAUUGAGACCUGGGAGCUGGGCCGAGUGAUGGGAGCUGUGACAGCCCUUUCUCAGGCCCUGAAUCGCCAUGCGGAGGCCCUCAAGUGACCCCAGGGAAAGAGCAAGAAACUGCAGGAAGUGCAGGGCAGUAAGAAGGGUUUGGAAUGGAAUGCCGGUCUACACAGGAGAAUCCCAGGAGUGGAAGUGGAGGGCAAGAGGUGACAGGGAGGGGAAGCCUCUGGAAGCCUGGAAACAUGGGGCAGGUGUGAGACCCUUGGAGAAGACAGAGAGCCAAGAGGCCCCAGGUCUCCGAGGGACCAGGCAGAUGUUCAGGGGGCCGGAGGAGGAAGGGCUGGUGAGAAAGAUCCUGUGAGAGGAAGCUGCUGUGAUUCAGAGAAGAGACUGCGAGCUGUGAGCAACCCAGGCGUCCGGUUCCUCUCACAGGCCAGAGAUUUCGGAAGUGGCAUGCAAAGAGCUCAGGUUGGGAGUGGAGGCGGGGU